UAAAACAAAGUGUGCCUCGAGAUGCGAUUUUCGUAUUUCUUGCUGUUUUUUUUGUCAGUUUUAUUUUCUACGUUCAUUUUGACAUCUGCUGAGACCAUAGACCACAACUGGUGGCAAACAGCACUGAUCUAUCAAAUAUAUCCAAGGUCUUUCAAAGAUAGCAAUGGCGAUGGUAUCGGCGACUUAAAUGGUAUAACAGAGAAGUUACCGUAUUUAAAGAAGACAGGAGUGGAUGCAAUUUGGAUGUCGCCUAUCUUCCUGUCGCCCAUGCGCGACAUCGGCUACGACAUAACCGACUACAGGGAGAUAGCGCCGGAGUACGGCAACAUGGACGACUUCCAAAUCCUCGUGAAGACUGCCAAGGAACUGGAUAUACGAAUAAUCCUGGACUUCGUGCCGAACCACACGAGCAACGAGAGCGAUUGGUUCCUGAGGUCGGUGCGCCGCGAGCCCGGAUACGAGGACUAUUACGUGUGGGCUGACGGCAUCCCCGACCCCAACAUGCCAGGCGUCCAGAAACCGCCUAGCAACUGGGUGAGCAACUUCAGAGGUAGCGCAUGGCAAUACAGCGAGGAACGCGGCCAGUACUACCUGCAUCAGUUCACCAUCGGCCAGCCCGACCUCAACUACCGAGAGCCACGCGUGCACGAAGAGAUCAAGCAAGUGCUGCGGUUCUGGCUGGAUCAGGGCGUGUCUGGGUUUCGAGUGGACGCCAUCAACAUGCUGUACGAAGCCCGUCCCGAGGACUUUGGAGGCAGAUAUCCCGACGAACCACGCACAGGUAUCCCAGGUACCACGCCGGAUGACUACAAUUACUUGAAGCACAUCUACACAAGGAAUUUAAAAGAGACAUACGACGUUGUGUUCUCGUGGCGGGAACUUCUAAACGAAUAUACUAAGAUGCACGGAGAACACAAGCUGAUGAUGACAGAAGCUUACGCUGACGUCAGUGACCUCAUCAAAUAUUACGGCAAUGGGAACAGAGAUGGCGCUGUACCUUUCAACUUUGCUUUCCUCGGCGAUAUUCACAACACGUCUAAUGCGUAUGAUAUCAAGCUGGUCAUUGACAAGUGGAUGACUUACAUGCCUAGUGGGAAAACGGCUAACUGGGUGAACGGCAACCACGACCAGAGCCGGCUGGCGACGCGGCACGGCUCCGACCGCGUGGACGCCAUGAACAUGCUGGCGCUGAUGCUGCCCGGCAUUGCCAUCACUUAUCAGGGCGAGGAACUCGGCAUGACGGACGGCUACGUGAGCUGGCAGGACACGCGCGACCCUCAAGCUUGCGACACUGACCCGGUGCACUACGCGCUCAGCUCGCGCGACCCCGAGCGCACGCCCUAUCACUGGGACUCGAGCGACCACGCCGGCUUCUCCGACACCACGGGCCGCACAUGGCUGCCACUGGCCGACAAUUACGUCACCUUGAACUUAGACAAGCAACUAUCGGGCAGGAGUCAUUACACGUUCUACAAAGACUUGGCGUCUAUCAGAAAGAAAAAUGCGACCCGUUACGGAGAUCUAGAGACGAAAGCUAUAUCGGAAUCUAUUCUAGUAGUCAAUAGAUUACUGCCAGGGUCACCAGGUAUAGUGGGCAUUGUCAAUCUAUCGGACAGAGAUCAGGUCGUCAACCUAUCUUCACUGAGAUUGCUCCCAGAAAAGAUGAAAGUUGUCGCAACUGGAGUGGACUGCUCACUUGAUAAAGGAAUGCCACUGAGCAAGGCCUAUCUACCAAUAUCAGCACACUGCGCUGUUGUAUUUGAAACCUUAACUAAUUGUUGCUGAAAUUGUACAUUUUAUUUAUGACUGUUACAUUGUUUUACAUUUAAAGAUUUACUUUA